AGGGCGGCUGUGUUUCAAGUUUGGGUGAGAAUCGGAUAUGGCUGUUGUUGCUGGGAUGUUCCCUUGAGAGCUGCAGACCAACUCCGCCCCAUGACUAUCCUCCUACUCCCACCUCAAUCCACUCCGAACAUGUCUCUCACUCCGGCUCCUCAAUCAUCGGAUAGCGAAAGCAAACCCAGGAAUCAGUACCACUUUCGAGCCCUCAAGAGUUGUGGGAUCUUCGAUGGCUAUCCUCAGUUCUCGCCACUCGGCUCGUUUCAACCGCCGGGAGAGAAUGCCAAAGCACUGGUUUACAGUUCGGAUGGGAGGCGAUACGCGGUGGCAUCCCAGAACGAUGUCGUGAUUUGUGACGCUGAAUCAAGUCAAGAAUUGCGACGACUCCCCCUGCCUGGUGUCAUUGAUAUCAAGUUUUCACCCAAGGGUACCUGGAUUGGCACUUGGGAGAGAUAUGUCAAACCUACAGUCGAAGGAGCUCAACAUAAGAACAUGAGACUUUGGGAUAUCACAACCGGCGAAGAAGUGGCCAGCUUUUCUCAAAAAUCGCAAGAAGGAUGGAUGAUUCAAUUCACCGAAGAUGAGUCCCGAGUCCUACGGCUAGUAUCUGGAGAAGUACAAGUUUUCGAUCCGAUGUCUUUCGAUUCUGGUGUGGUAUCCAAAUUGAAGUUGGAGGGCAUGUCCGAAUUCAAAUUGAGUCCAGGAAAAAAUCCUCUACUGAGUGCCUUCGUUGCCGAAAAGAAGGGUGCACCAGCUUCGGUCAAGAUCUAUCCUCUCGCUGGUCUCAAGGACUCUACUCCUCCCCUCACUCAGAAAACGUUUUUCAAGGCCGAUAAGAUUCAGAUGAAGUGGAAUCGCUCCGGUACCAGUGUCCUCAUACUCACUCAGACUGACGUAGAUAAGACUGGCAAGAGUUACUACGGCGAAACAAAUCUGUACAUGCUGAGUGCUAACGGUCAAUUCGAUUGUCGGGUCACACUUGAUCGAGAGGGCGGGAUUCACGAUUUUGUGUGGUCUCCUAACGACAAGGAGUUUACUGUCAGCUAUGGCUACAUGCCUGCCAAGACAACGAUCUUCGAUCUCCGAUGCAAUGUAAUCCAUGACUUUGGCACAGCGCCACGCAAUUUUAUCUCGUACAAUCCGCAAGGUCGCUUGUUAUUGAUCGCCGGAUUUGGAAACCUUGCGGGCACGAUGGACAUCUGGGACCGUCGUACACUCGAGAAGGUGGCAACGAUCGAAGGCUCGAAUACCUCCCAUUGCGAAUGGAGUCCGGAUGGCCGAUUUAUCAUGUGUGCUACUUUGAGUCCUCGACUUCGAGUUGAUAACGGUGUUCGCGUCUUCCAUUAUCGCGGCCAACUCAUACAUGUCAACCCAGUCGAACAUCUCUAUGCUGCAUCGUGGAGGCCACAAGCCGCUGAGCGUUUCCCCUUCCGAAUAUCCCUCUCACCUGCGCCCAAAAAUACAGGCAACGCGGCCACUCCUUCUCCGACCACACCAGCCAAACCUGCCGGGGCUUAUCGUCCACCUCAUGCCCGUGGUACAACCACUCCAAGCCACUUCAAACGCGAAGAUGAGGGUGGUGCACCAUACAUUGCUCCUACCAAUGGUGGUACCAAUGGUCAUAGUACCCGAGGACGAGGCGGUGGUCCACCCGGGGCUGCACCUCGCAGGGGCGUUCCUGGCGCUGCACCCAAGACAAACGAAGUUCCUGGUCAGAAGAGCAAGAAAAAGCAGCCUCAUGAGAACAAGCAACAGUCGCCAGCCCCAGAAAGCCGUGGAUCAGCAGGCCAACAAGAGCAUGGCGGUGUUGAGAACGGCAAACAGGAUGCCAACAACCUUCUUCCAGAGGGAUCUCAAGCUGUCAACAAGCAAGCCGGGUCGACUGAUGAGAUUCCCUUAGGCGCACUGUCUCCGGAGGAUAAGAAGAAACGAUCAUUAAUGAAGAAGUUGACGGCGAUCGAACAGUUGAAAGAUCGAAGAAAGAGAGGCGAGAAAUUGGAGAUCACUCAGAUCAAAAAAAUCGACUCGGAAGCUGAAACUAGAAAGGAAUUAGAGGCUCUAGGUUGAGAUCUUUUCAUCCACCUUUAACCUCUGCUUUUUUUUGCAAAAAAAAUAUGUCUUGUGACUAGUGUUCUUUUUUUCUUCUUCUUCUCCUGUUUCAUCUGUGUUAUGCCUUGCCUUUUUUUUCUUUCUUCUUCCUUGAAUGGACGCAAUAUCCCCUCAAAUUGCUCUGGAAAAAAAAAUAUCAAAUAUAUUUAAGAUCAUAAGAAAAAAUCAAAGAGAAAAACAGGUCAAGCAGUGUUGUGUCCAGCAAAAGUAACACAAAAAGAUUGAAAGAAAGUCAAGUUGAAAUUAUGU